UUCGUGCGUUUUCGAGAACGAGGCAGUCUGUCCCUUUAAGAAAUGUAAGGUGGGUGAGCCGCUACUCUGACGCACUGCUGGUAUGCAAACUUAUAAAUGCAGCAACAUGGUGUCCUCGGCGCGAAAAAAGUGGAAAGUAAGCUUUAAAAUGUCACAGCACCAUCCACCCUUUUAGUGACCAACCCGAGGCAACGAGCUCAGCAGGAAGAGUUGCCUUAAGAUUGAGAAGAAUUACUUAGAAGUCGCCAAGAGCCGCCAAGUUAAAGCCGUGUGGGUUUAAUAAUUACGAAAUAGGCUACGGAGCGGCGAGUGAUUUGAAGUGUCACUGAGAGGGAAAAACUAAACCUGGAACACCAUAACAAGAGGACAACCUGGAUAAAUUACACUUGAAUAAUCCUAGAAGUGCGAACGAGAUGGCAGCGCUGAUUUGCAGAAGGACCAUUGGCGUAGUGAUGACCGUAACGUGCGCUCUGUGUCAGGUUUGCGCACAUGGAGAUGAAGGAGCCGUCUUUCUACGGGAGUACCCGCUUGUCCGAAUGGAAGACCACCCAGAAGAAUCCAUUUUUGAAACCUUGGCAAAUCCUAAGUUCGAUGAUCCCAGUUCACGGAUGGCGCGCUCUGAAGAGGACCGGGACAGUCUGUGGGACGCCUGGGGGCCGUGGAGUGACUGUUCACGUACGUGUGGGGGUGGAGCCUCGUACUCACUGCGCCGAUGCCUGAGCAGCAGAACCUGUGAAGGACGGAAUAUCAGAUACCGGACCUGCAGCAAUGUGGACUGUCCUCCGGAGUCCGGUGAUUUCCGUGCCCAGCAGUGCUCCGCUCACGUUGACGUCCGGUACCAGGGGCAGUACCACGAGUGGCUCCCUCUUUACAACGACCCAGAGAACCCCUGCGCCCUCAAGUGCAAGGCCCAAGGAACCUCCCUGGUGGUAGAGCUGGCACCUAAAGUGUUGGAUGGCACCCGAUGCUACACGGAGUCCCUCGACAUGUGCAUCAGUGGCAGCUGUCAGAUAGUUGGUUGUGACCAUGAACUGGGAAGCACCGCAAAAGAGGACAACUGUGGGGUGUGCAAUGGAGACGGCUCAACAUGCCGUUUGGUGCGAGGCCACUUCAAAUCACAGCAUUCAGCAAUCAAAAGGGAGGACACGGUCAUCGCCAUUCCUUUUGGCAGUCGUCACGUCAGGCUGGUAUUGAAAGGACCCGAUCAUUUGUACCUUGAAAGUAAAACCCUACAAGGCCGCAAAGGAGAAAACAGCCUCAGCACAUCGGGCUCGUACCCCAUCGAGAACACCACGGUGGACUUCCAGAAAUUUGCAGACAAAGAGAUUCUGAGAAUGAGCGGACCCCUGGGGGCCGACUUCACCGUCAAGAUCCAUUAUGUCAGCCCUUUAGACAGCACCGUGCAGUUCAUCUUCUACCAGCCCAUCAUCCACCGCUGGAGGGAGACGGAUUUCUUUCCAUGUUCAGCCACUUGUGGAGGAGGCUAUCAGCUGACAUCUGCUGAGUGCUUCGACCUGCGCAGCAGCCGCGUGGUGCCCGACCAGUACUGCCAUUAUUAUCCGGAAAACGUCAAACCCAAACCAAAGCUGCAAGAAUGCAACAUGGACCCCUGUCCAGCCAGUGAUGGCUUCAAGCAGAUCAUGCCGUAUGACCUUUAUCAUCCCCUGCCACGGUGGGACCACACGCCUUGGACUGCUUGUUCCACCUCCUGCGGUGGGGGCAUCCAGAGCCGCACGGCGUCCUGCGUCGAGGAAGACAUGCAGGGCAACGUUGUGUCGGUCGAGGAGUGGAAGUGCACGUACGCCCCCAAGAUGGCUCAGGUGCAACCCUGCAACGUUUUUGACUGUCCCAAAUGGUUGGCUCAGGAGUGGUCCUCGUGCACGGUGACCUGUGGACAGGGGCUUCGCUACCGAGUUGUGCUCUGCAUUGACCACAGGGGGAUCCACGCUGGUGGCUGCAACCCAAAAGCCAAGCCACACAUCAAGGAGGACUGUGUGGCGCCCAUCCCUUGUUACAAACCCAAAGAGAAACUCCCGGUGGAAGCGAAGCUGCCUUGGUACAAGCAAGCCCAGGAACUGGACGAAGAAACGGCCGUCACCGAAGAGCCUUCGUUUGUCCCUGAUGUCUGGUCUCCGUGCAGCCGCACAUGUGGUGUUGGGACCCAGCAGCGGACCGUCAAGUGUCAAGUCUUGCUCUCCUUCUCUCAAACAGUUGCAGACUUGCCGGAGGAUGAAUGUGAAGGGCCAAAACCACAGGUUCUCCAGUCGUGUUACAGCGGUCCAUGUGGAGAGGAAUUGCAUGAGCCUCAUGCUGAGAAGGAUGAAGAAGAAGAAGAGGAGGAGGAAGAUGAGGAGGUGGCAGUCUCGCAUCACACUGAUGAGGAGCUCCAUGACUGGGAGUACGAGGGCUUUACUGAAUGCUCGGAGUCCUGCGGAGGAGGCCUGCAAGAGGCGGUUGUGGUUUGCCUGAACCAACAGACGAGGCAGAUUGUGGAGGAAGGUCUGUGCACGAGCCAUCGCCGGCCCCCGUCUCUGCUGAAGACGUGCCACCCAGAGCCCUGCCCGCCCAGGUGGGAAGCUGGGAAGUGGAGUUCCUGUUCCGCCACCUGUGGAGUAGGCCUGCAGACCCGCGACGUGGUCUGUACGCACCUCUUGUCCAGGGAGAACAAUGAGACGGUGGUCGUGAGUGAAGACAAGUGCAGACACUCUAAGCCUGCCAUGGUGCAGGCCUGCAAUCGCUUCGACUGCCCACCCUCAUGGUAUCCGCAGGACUGGCAGCAGUGUUCCAAGAGCUGUGGCCUGGGCCUUCAGUUCCGCCAAGUGCUGUGUAAGCAACGGAUGGCUGAUGGCAGUUUUCUUGAGUUGCCCGAGACCUUCUGCUCAUCUCAAAGUCCAAGCACCCAGCAGACCUGUGGAAAAACAGAGUGUCCUGUGGAGUGGGCCGUACUGGAGCGCUCACAAUGCUCAGUGACCUGUGGAGAAGGCUCCCAGAGUAUCUCGGUGUUCUGCAGGAAAAUGGACAGGAAUGGAAAGUCUGUGACCCUCAAUCCUGGUCGCUGUUCCAGCUUUCCUCAGCCACGCUUGGUCAAACCCUGCUCAUUAGCACCUUGCACAAAGCCUUCGAAGCCUGUCCCAAAACUGACGGCCAACAUGUUCUCCCUGAGGAAGGUCUACAUCCAGCUGAGAAAGGAGAGAAGACUACAGUUUGUUGUAGGAGGUUAUGCUUUCCUAAUUCCAGCCACCUCAGUUGUUAUUAGAUGUCCCAUUCGAAGGCUUCGGAAAACUCUGAUUAGGUGGGAGAAGGAUGGAAAACUAUUGGCAGGAUCAUCACACCUUACAGUCAGCCCAUAUGGUUACCUAAGCAUUCAUCAUCUCAGGCUAUCAGAUGCUGGUAUCUAUACAUGUAUAGCUGGCCAAGCUCAGGAAAACUUCAUAAUUAAGCUCACUGGAUUCAAGCAAAAGCCUGUUCUUCACCCACCUGGCCCAAACUUGAAGGAUAAGCCAUGGAUAUCACCCAGGAACCUUCCGGUUUCUGUACACAAUGCCAAACUUUGGUUAACCCCUGGUCAUUUCAGUCAAUAUGAUGACAUUGUCCUGCGUCUCAUUGAGAAGAUGGGCUUAGAUGAAGAGCAUUUGGGAUCUCUGGAUGCGCUGGACUCCUCCGAGAGGAAUUCUUCACUUUUAGAGGACGACUUUGGCCUUGAGGUCGCAGCAUCAAUGACCCUCACUAUUGACCAGAAACGGCUGGAUGAGCUCAUCAAGAAUAUACUCUCUCAGCCUGAGGAACUCCAGAGCUCUCAUGCAGAUAAACUCGUCACUCAGCUACUGUCUGAGAUCCACGCUGAUAACGUACUGAAGUAUCCAGAUGGUGGAUUCAAUGCAUCAAACUCCUGGAAAUCCACAGAUCAUAAAUCUCAUCCUUCUGAAGCAACUUUGGCAAAUCCAGAGUCUCCAGAGUUCGGAGAUUCCGACAAAAGCUUUCGACCGCCAGUGUUUGGUACGACACCACAUCAUCAGAAGAGACCACACGAGACGUCCUCCUCAGAGUUUGUAGGUCAUGUGGGACAAGAUGUGCUGCUGCACGGCAGGGUGAACAGGCUGGUCUUGAAGUGUGAAGCCACAGGAAAUCCAAAACCAUCCAUAAGAUGGUCUAAGAACGGAGAACAUCUGCGUUUUGGAAACAGAGUGGGAAUGCUGCCAGACGGCUCCCUUCAAAUCCUCGCGCCGGGUGCGGCUGACGCGGGGAUUUAUCGAUGCACCGCAAGCAACAGCCUGGGUUUCGUUUCCCUUUCUUCUCACAUCACUCAAGGAGGAAAGCCAGUGAUCCGCGCUUCCAUUUCCACUGAGCGGGUGUUCCUGAACACAAGUUCUGUAAUGGCAGAUGUGGGCAGCACAGUAAAAGUUCUCCUUGGUGCAAAUGUCACCCUCAGGUGCCAAGCAGAAGGGAUCCCUAAACCAAAAAUCUCCUGGAGUUUUCUCCAUGGCAAAUCCGAGGCAAUUCAUCAUCCAGUAAAGAACGACUCUGUACUCGUGGGCAAUGCCUCGCUGCGUGACGAGGGCCACUACGUGUGCAGGGCAGCAAAUCUGCAUGGACAAGUCACGGCGAUGACACAUCUGCUUCUGCUGGUUGCCCCUCACGUCCAGAAAGAGUCGGCAAGGUGGACGACCAUCACUUCCUCAGCAGAGCCGGGGACCCACACUCUCCUCAGCACUGAGACUGGCACCACUGAGAUGGUUGGCAGGGGGAGCACCGUCCUCAUCGGUUGUUUCAUCCAAGGCCAACCCACGCCACGUAUCUCCUGGCUCCAAAAUGGUAAAUCUCUGAGUCUGCUGUCAGAUCUUACAUAUCAACUUCUGGAAGGAGAUCAAGUUCUCCAGCUCUCCAAUGUAAGCAGCCGGACGAAUGGAGAAGUCAGCUGUCUGGCGGAAAACGAAGCGGGGACGCUUCUGCAAAGGGUGCUUCUAGUAAUUCACGGUCACCAGUGGUCAGUUGAUGACACCCCGCCAUGCUCCGCCACCUGUGGCAAUAAAGGCAUUCGGUCUGCCAGGCUCAGAUGCCUCUUUAAUGGCACCGAAGUCGACAGAGUGAUGUGCCGCCAUGAGCCCCGACCAUCUGUGGAGCCACUUGCCUGCAACGUGAGGGACUGUCCUCCCAGGUGGCUCCUAACGCCUUGGUCACCAUGCUCUCGGACCUGUGGAGGUGGGGUGCAGAGUCGGAGGGUCACUUGCCACCAAGAGACAGCAGACAGGUUGUCCGUGACCCUUCCUGCUGAAAACUGUACAUCUCUUGGGAAGCGGCCCACCGACCUACAGCCUUGUAACAGGAUGUCUUGUGCAGAAUGGACCACGUCUGCUUGGGGCCAGUGCAAUGGAGAGUGCGUUGGGCUGAGACAGUCGACACAACACCGACAGCUCUUCUGCCAGAUGAAGACUGGCAUCCCGGUACCAGCCAGUCACUGCAGUGGCCUGCCCAGGCCUCCCAGCAGCCGGAACUGCACCACCGAUGCCUGCAACCUGCAAUGGAGGGUGGGCUCCUGGACGCCGUGCACCGCCACCUGUGGGACCUCGGGCUUCCAAACCAGGCGAGUCGAGUGCAUUCACCUCCGCAGCGGGAAGGCGGGGAGAGAGCAGCUGUGCUCCUGGAAGCCGAGACCCGCAAACUGGCAGCACUGCAACAUCAGGCCCUGCGAGAGCGCUGAAUGCCGCGACACCACCAUCUAUUGUGAGAAGGUCCAGCAGCUGAAACUCUGCCACCUGCCUCAGUUCGGGGUCCGCUGCUGCGAGUCCUGCAAGGCCACCUGAAGGAGGACACCGGACAUCUUUCAGAGACGGGAGAAGGCCGACGAUCGAUUCAAGGACUGCAGGAGAGGUGGGGCGUUGUAGGCGGUUGGUGUGUUGUUGGGUAGCAGAAGCCUCCACCACCAUCACCACCCUUCUCGACUUCUGCUAGUGAAGGGAACAUCACUGGGGACAUGAAAUGGAUAAAAAAAAUAAGAGAAGAAGUAGAGGAGGAGGACUUGUAUGUAGACAGAGUGCCGUCAACGCAAGAAUGGACAGCCCUGGCCGAGCAGCAGCCUGAGGAGGUCACAAGGGCUUCUCCGUCAGCUGCUCUCCUACUCACGAAGCACUUGUGGAAAUCUGAGGGAUGUCCCAUGGCGGGAGAGGCAGCUUCCCGUAGGCCUUGUAAAGCAGUAUUAGUCAAAUGGUGGCCGUCAAUGGUGGGCCUGGUCUCGUCCCCUCCAGCAUUACCUUCCUGAUAGCACUUGUUUUUCCCAAAUCCCAGUUACAGCAGAUGAUUAAAAUCCAUCCAUUAUCCAAACUACAGGGUCACGGGGGUCUGCUGGAGCCAAACCCAGCCAACACAGGGCGCAA